GUCAAAAAUACUAACAGAGCCUAUAACAAGUAGGCAGUUAUAAUUGAACAGUGGGCCGGGCUACCUUCGGUUGGAUGAGCAUGAGCAUGACCAAGAGGAGCCCAAUUAAUAGAGCCCAUGAACUUUCCACUUCUAUUUCGAUAUGCUCUUAUUCCCUCUUCCCCACUUCCCACGUUUUCCGAUCUACAGUUGUUCUUCGUCUGCAACCAAACGAAGAGGAACCGCCAUGGCGGCAAAGCUUCUGAGCAGACUUCGGCAGCUCGACACUCGUCUAAUCUCACCGCAACAUCAGCGCCCGUUCUUCCGCAAUGCCCGGCUCUUUUCCGGCCAGCAAAUUCCAUCUUCUGAUUCUCACCCUUCUCUGCCUCCAACUCCAACUCCCACACCGACACCGCUCCCUCCCCCGACUGCCGGUAGUGCCGGCGAGAAGCGCCAGAGGACGUCUUCUCUCAAGGACCACGAGCUGGCUAAAUUCGCCGCCAUUUCUGAUACCUGGUGGGAUUCUGAAGGGCCGUUUAAGCCACUGCAUGCGAUGAAUCCUACCAGACUUGCUUUCAUUAGAUCCACUCUCUGUCGACAUUUCAGCAAGGACCCUAAUGUGCCCAAACCAUUUGAAGGAUUGGAAAUUGUUGAUGUUGGUUGUGGCGGUGGGAUUCUUUCCGAGCCUUUGGCACGAUUGGGAGCAACUGUGACGGGAGUUGAUGCUGUGGAGAAGAAUAUUAAGAUCGCACACCUUCAUGCUGAUUUGGAUCCUACAACAUCUACCAUCGAUUAUGUUUGCACAACUGCAGAAAAACUAGUUGAGGAGGGAAGGCAAUUUGAUGCUGUGAUGUCACUGGAGGUAAUUGAGCACGUAGCUGAUCCCGCAGAGUUCUGCAAGUCUUUAGCAGCACUAACUCGCCCAGGUGGAGCCGUGGUGAUCUCAACGAUCAACAGAUCUAUCAGAGCAUAUGCAGCUGCCAUAGUUGCUGCUGAAUACAUUCUCCAUUGGCUUCCUCGUGGCACGCACCAGUGGUCUAGUUUCCUCACUCCUGAAGAGCUGGUCAUGAUCCUAAAACGGUCUUCUAUAGAUGUUGAAGAAAUGGCCGGUUUUGUGUUGAACCCUUUAACCGGGAAGUGGCUUCUAUCUGACGAUGUUAGUGUGAAUUUUAUCGCCUUCGCCACAAAGAAGGCAGAAGGCUGAGCUCGUCUCAUCGCAGUCAAUCGUAGUACAACGGAAGAACGUAAGGGUACUCUUAGAGCAGCAUACACAAGCGAAACAGCAGAAGAUCUAUAAUUGUCACUGAUUACAAGGGACCAAGUUCAGUGGCCUACAUUUCAGUGAAUUGCUUGUUUAGUUCUCCAUGUGACUUAUGGCAGAAAAAAAAAGUAAAUUUCUUCUUGUAAUAUCAUUAGCUUUGACCACAUGUAAAGCAGCCUUCUCUUCACAAAGAGAUGAACUCUUCAUCUCAUCACCUCUGGUAGUACGUUUGCCCUGAUUGUUGGCUCAAGGGAGACAAGAAAAAGGCUGGACCAACUUAUCUAUAGGUACUGCUUAGCAACUUGAGCAUGACUGUUUAUAGGACCACAGAGAAAAAGGUUCAACCAAUUCAUAAUGAUUCCCAAAUACCAACUUGUGGUAUUACUCUCAUUGAUAAUCAUAGACAGUCCUAUGCCAGACAGCAUGGUACUAUCCCUUGCCCCUAUCCUCACUGAAGUUGAAGUGAAACCUCAUUCAGAAACUCUACAUUUAGUACUUAAAUAUGACCACCAUGUUCGGUUUCGAUUCGAUCGUGGAUCCUCAUUUGUUCUCUCUGAAUGCUGAUCCUCCCACCCAGCCCUGAAGUCGCUCUACUUGGCUUGCUUCGAUGCCAGAAUCGAAGCCUUUCUCGAGGAAGAUUAAUGUGAGAGCGAAUUGGUUUUAGCUCUUUUUCGGUCCCUUGGAAUACAACAGAUCUUCAUUGUCCAAAAAAAAGAUAGCAGAUCAUCAUCUACACUGUUUAUUCACAUGUGUCCAUUUAUGAUCCAUUGAAGAUCAUCAGAAGUCAAGAUCUCUAUACCCGACAAUAUAAUGAUAUCAAAGAAGGAAUUGAAUUGGGAAGGAACAGAAGGAGGAAAUGGAGGAGAAACAGCUUUUAGAAGUUGACAUGGUCACCAAAUAGAGAGAGAAGAGGAUCAUAUCAUAGUCUCCCAAUCAUAUCAUGAGUUAACUUGUCGGCUCUUUUCUCUAAUGAUAAGAGAAUUUCUGAUAACGAACUCUGUAUGAAAUUUCAAACAAACUACACUAUCAGACCAACUGGCUCCAGUAGAGUAUGUACCAUAAAGAGCAGCAGCUGUAAUGAAUGAAACCAGACACCUAGCAACUUGUUAUUUGUGAGCAGGAUAUUUGCCACGUUGUCCCAACAUUUUGUCCAUAAAACAUAAACAAGAGGAUGGAAAGUUGGAAAACAUAAACCUGGACAGGCAGCCAGCCGAUAAUCUGCUACUAGGAUGGCAAGCAAACACGCUAUCGUGAGUAUCUGAUCGCUUUUGACUCAAUCAAUGCAAAAAUUCUCGUAUUGAAUGAGUAUGAGGCCGGUACGAGCAAAUAUUUGUAUAGAGUGCGAUGAUAAUGACACUUUCACUAUUGAGUACUUUUACUAUUUCUCAAUCAUAGAGUUUUGCUCUUCCAAAAUCUCAGCUAACACGUGGUAUUUUAUAAUCCAUUGAUUUCAAAGUUUUUGAUACGGAGUUUGUCUAUAAUCUUAUGGGUGUGGGAUUUCGAGCAAAAAUCCUUUGACCAAAAUCCUAAGAGGAAAUGACCCCCUUAAUGCUUGCCUAGGGGUCAAAGAGGGAUGAUAUUAUCACAAAGGGUGUGUAUUGAUUUGGUUCGCAUCAUAUCAUAAUGAACCGUAUUGAUGUUU